AUGGACUGUUAUCUGCUUGGCAAUUGCGGCCCAUUUUCAGAGCAUUUUGAUAUCGUCGGACCUCACGCUAGUCUGCUCAUCGUCAUAGCACUGCUCGGAUUCAGUCUCUGGAAGGAGCGGAAUCCGAUUUCCACACGGGUUGAACUGGGUUGCUUGGGACUUGCUGGAGUCCUGUGGCUUGCGCUCUCCGCUUUCAUUGCUUCCUCCGACGCGGAGGGAGCAGAUGUAGAGUGCUUUUCCUCAGCAGACUCCGACGAGGUGGUCAACGUCUCCGGGUUCAACACGGAGAUCUACCAAGCGCAGUAUCGCGUCCUCGAAGCAUUCUCUUUCUUCAACGUUAUUCUUAUUUUGGGUUUCUUCCUAUUCCUAUUGGUUCUUGCCCUGCGCCACCAUCGCCAGGGCCAGCGACGAGUCUGGAUAACCUCCGUGACUGCCUUCCCAUGGUUCGGCAAGUCUGUCAAGCAAAUCAGUGGCAAACUGCCUGCGCCUGUGACUCAGCGAUCGCGCUCUCGCUCUCGGCCGGCCAUGUCGGAGAAGCGCAAGGACUCUCAGCGCACUCAAGACUCUGGCCGCUCAAAGAAUGACGACUCCCUCCGCGAGUGGCGCAUCGUCGACCUUGUGCGCCCGCUCCCGUACCGCGACGACUCGCAACGCACGAAGGACUCGCAGCGCACGAAGGACUCGUCUCGCACUAAUGUGCACAGACAGGACUCGUCGCGCUCGAACGUUCACCGCCAGGACUCGCAGCGCGCACAGGUCAACCGCCAAGACUCUGGGCGGUCACAGGUCCACCGCCAGGACUCUGGACGGCAUCAGGUUUACCAGCAUGAUCCGUCCCGCUCACAGGCGCGCCGCCAGGACUCCGGGCGUGCCCAGCCGCAACGGCAGGACUCCCAGCGCACACGUGGGCGGCUGCCACCAAUGGCGGGCGACGGGCCCACCCGCAACGAAUCACCGACAUACGUGUACUGGCUGCCGCACAAGGAGCCUGACGCGGCACAUUCUUUGAACACGACAUUCAUUACGGUUAUAGCGGGCGUGAUCAAAUUUGGGCCAUCGAUACGUGCACCUGGUGGCCAAACAAGCAUUAUGACGCAACUCUUCAAGGAGAUGCGCCUGUAUGGCUAUGGUGACCACAGGCUGAUUUUUACUCGAAGAGUUGACGCGCUUACCGCGCGGUAUAGUCACUAUUUUGCUGCUUUCUGCCGCCGUGCUCGGUAUUGCCGCAUAUUUGGGAAGCAUAUUCUUGCCCAAUCUUCAUCGUGCGUAUCAGUGCUCGCUGGGUCAUCUGAGAUUCUCAUCUGGCGUUUUCCAGAUGAUUUUGGGAUCUUCUCCCUCAUUGUACCAUCAUUAACGAUUCUUGUAUUUCUGAUAUUGAUAUCAUGGUCUGCUCCGCGCACGGAGGCCAUUGUACUAUUUAUUCUUGGAGUUCUCUGGUUAGCCAUGGGCGCGUGGUCUACACCUAGCGACAUCAUCGGAACUACACAAUGUGAUGCUCUUGGAGAUGCACGAAUGGCAACGAAGAACGGGACGGUUCUCACCCGCUCGUGGUGUUACGAGAUGAAGGUCAUCCAGGCGUUCUCGUGGAUGAUCUUCUGUCUAUACGCCGCGCUGACCUACGCUACAGACGCGAUAUUCCUAUGGAUCCUCAUUUCGCUGACGAGCCGUGCGCGCGUCAUGGGCCUGCCCUAUGCCUGGCGUGCGCCCAUCUUCGAGCUGCCUUGGUUCGGCGAACUCCCGGGCUGGCCAUAUCCCGGGCAGUAUGCCCCGGUACAGGGCGCCCAGAUGGGGGGAUACCCCAUGGGGGCAUACCCUGGCGGUGGGAUGCCGUACCCUGCACCGAUGAUCAAUGGCGGCUACGUCGUGCAACAGGCUCCAGGUCACUCGGUCGUUAUCCAGCCAGGCCUAGGGGGUGCACCGACGAUCACGCAGGUCCCUGGCUCGCGGGCAGAAUCUGAGCCUGCGCUAUGA